UAAUUAAAUAAUUAAGCUGUUGGCUACAUAAAAAAAAUCUAGUUUCAUUAGCGACCAACAAGAUCAGUUAAUAGUUAAUUGAUCGUAAACGCGCACGCUAAUGUUUGAUAAAUCUUUAUUAACAAUUUUUCGUGAACUUUGUUCUUUGUACUUUCUGGAGAAAACCAUACGCUCAAGUGACACACAUUCUUCGUAGAUUAGAAGUCUAAAGAAAUCUGUAAAAUGAUCGGAUUCGUUGAGUUUUUGGUUUUGAUAUUCGUAGCGUGCCGAUGGACUUUGACGAACGCUGGCAUCCAGAUUAUGAUCCCGAACAGUUAUAGGACUCCGUCGGAAUACUUAGCAUCGGUCGUCGGACGCGGUAAAGCUACGCUAAUGACCGUACGUCCAAGAGCUAUGUCACGGAUUCAAAUUGAUACAAAGCAAGAAUGGCUGGGAACAUCGAAUGGUGAUGGAUCGGCGGAAACCAAAGACGGGCACACGGAUGACAGGACCGCAGAAUCUAGUCGGAAGCAAUCUUCGUAUACCGUUCAUGCCACGCAGUCCACGACUGCCGAUUUUGCGACGACGCGGCCAUCACGCCGAUUUAUGUCUCCUGUGGCCCAUGUAAACGACGAACAUUUUCAAGACUUUCUCAACAUUAACCUUUCGUUAGUCGAGUUGUUAUUUAUAACUUUAUUGGUCACGUGGUUAUCUAUAGCGUCAUUGGUCACGUGGAUUACUAUUGUAUUCCAUUAAUGUGGCUGCAUCCGAAUUAGAUCCUGAAUUUAAAAUUACUACACUAGUUGGGCCCCGAAUUAUUUAGGUACCACACUAAUUCCUGAAUAUUUCCAGGUAUGGUUAAAAAUGUUUUUU